CCCCUUCUGGUUCUCCCGCACAGCGUCUGCUGUAUCCGUGAUCCCGCCCCCUCCUGGUUCUCCCGCGCGGCCGAACCGUCGCUCCGCCUCCUCCUGGUAGUCCCGCGCGGCCAAACUGUCGCCCCGCCCCCUCCUGGUUGUACCGCGCGGCCAAACUGUCGCCCCGCCCCCUCCUGGUUGUACCGCGCGGUCGCCGUUGUGCUUGAGGGAAGGCCGUUCUGGUCUCGCGCUGUGGUGUUUGACCUGUGACCGCGGAGCUUGGCGAGAUGGCGGUGCAACCCCGGGACCGGUUAUCCGGAGCGGACAGCGGGCAGGAUGGUAGUGCCUUUGUUGCCUUCUACAAGUCUAUGCCCGAGAAACCGGACACUACUUUUCGUGUCUUUGACCGUAAUGACUACUACACAGUGCACGGGAAGGAUGCAUUGUUCGCCGCCAGGGAGGUGUUCAAGACCAACGGAGUGAUCAAGACCCUGGGAUCGGGAAACAAUAAGAUUGAAAGUGUUGUCUUGAGUAAAAUGAACUUUGAAUCUGUGGUCAGGGAUCUUCUGCUUGUCCGACAGUAUCGUGUGGAGGUUUAUAGGAAUAAAGCUGUGAGUAAGUCCUCAAAGGAGAAUGAUUGGUACUUGGCCUGCAAGGCUUCUCCUGGUAACCUCACUCAGUUUGAAGAAAUUCUUUUUGGUAACAGUGAUAUGUCUGCUGCAGCUGCAGUGGUGGGUGUUAAACUGGGCACGGCAGAUGGGCAGAGGUUAAUUGGUGUUGGCUACGUUGACUCCACGCUGCGGAAGCUUGGUGUGUGCGAGUUCCCGGACAAUGAUCAGUUUUCCAAUCUAGAGGCUCUCCUGGUGCAGAUUGGGCCAAAGGAAUGUGUUUUAUCAGGUGGCGAGACUGCAGGAGAUGGCACUAAACUUCGACAGAUUGUACAACGAGGAGGCAUCUUGAUAACAGAUAGAAAGAAAAGUGAGUUUACAAAUAAGGACAUUGUACAGGAUCUAAACCGCCUGCUGAAAGGAAAGAAAGGAGAACAAGUGUCAAGUGCUGCUUUGCCAGAGAUGGAAAAACAGGUCGCCAUGUCUUCUGUUUCUGCUGUGAUCAAAUAUUUGGAACUUUUAUCUGAUAAAACUAACUUUGGCCAAUAUGACUUGAUUACGUUUGACCUGAGCCAGUAUAUGAGGCUGGAUAAUGCAGCAGUCAGUGCACUCAAUCUUUUUCAGGGUGCAUCAGAAGAUCCCAGUAAUACGCAGUCAUUAGCCGGUUUACUGAACAAAUGUAAGACCCCUCAGGGACAGCGCCUUGUCAAUCAGUGGAUCAAACAACCACUGAUGGACAAGAAUAGAAUCGAGGAGAGAUUGAACCUGGUUGAGGCUUUUGUGGACGACACUGAAUUACGGCAGAGCUUACAGGAGGAUCUGCUUCGCCGAUUUCCUGACCUUAACCGCUUGGCAAAGAAGUUCCAGCGCCAAGCAGCAACUCUACAGGACUGCUAUCGGAUUUAUCAGGCUGUCAUUCAUCUCCCAAAUGUGGUGCAAGUGUUGGAUAGAUAUGAAGGAGUACACACGAUGUUAUUGAAAGCUGUAUUUAUUUCCCCAUUGACUGACCUUAUCUCAGACUUUGGCAAGUUUCAGGAAUUGAUUGAGACGACAUUAGACCUGAAUCAAGUGGAAAACCAUGAGUUCCUAGUGAAGCCAUCCUUUGACCCAAACCUAACUGAACUGAGAGAGAAGAUGGAUAAACUGGAGAAAAGUAUGCAGUCAACACUCAACCAAGCUGCCAGGGAGCUAGGUCUUGAAGCUGGCAAGAGUGUGAAACUGGAGUCAAAUGCUCAGUUGGGCUAUUAUUUCCGUGUCACUUGCAAGGAGGAAAAGGCUCUUCGUAACAAUAAGAAGUUUAACACCAUAGAUAUUCAGAAGAAUGGAGUUCGAUUCACUAACAGUAAGUUGACCUCCUACAAUGAUGAUUACAUGAAGAGUAGGGAGGAGUAUGAAGAAGCUCAGAAUGUGAUUGUUAAAGAAAUCAUCAAUAUCUCAGCAGGAUAUGUGGAGCCUCAGCAAACUUUAAAUGAUGUGAUUGCUCAACUGGAUGCAGUGGUCAAUUUUGCCCAUGUAUCUAAUGGAGCCCCAGUACCAUAUGUAAGGCCUAAGAUCCUGGAGAAGGGCCAUGGUCGAAUUAUCUUGAAGGCUUCCAGGCAUCCAUGUAUCGAGGUUCAGGAUGAUAUGGCCUUCAUACCCAAUGAUGUUACCUUUGAGAAGAGUAAACAGAUGUUCCAUAUAAUAACAGGUCCAAACAUGGGUGGUAAAUCAACAUAUAUCCGGCAGACCGGCGUGGUGGUUCUGAUGGCUCAGAUUGGUUGUUUUGUACCCUGUGACUCUGCAGAAAUCAGUAUUGUUGAUUGCAUUCUUGCUCGAGUUGGUGCUGGUGACAGUCAGCUCAAAGGCGUUUCAACCUUUAUGGCAGAAAUGUUGGAGACAGCAUCUAUUUUGAGAUCGGCAACUGAACACUCUCUGAUUAUCAUUGAUGAAUUGGGAAGAGGCACCUCUACAUAUGAUGGCUUUGGACUGGCCUGGGCCAUAUCAGAAUACAUUUCCACCAAGAUUUGUGCAUUUUGUAUGUUUGCCACUCAUUUCCAUGAAUUGACUGCGUUAGCUGACCAAGUACCAACAGUCAACAACCUGCAUGUGACAGCGCUCACUACAGAUGAAACACUAACCAUGCUGUACCGUGUAAAAAAAGGCGUUUGUGACCAGAGUUUUGGUAUUCAUGUAGCUGAACUUGCUCAGUUUCCCAAACAUGUUAUUCAAAGUGCCAAGGACAAAGCCAUGGAGCUUGAGGAGUUCCAAAACAUUGGAAAUUCUGAGGAUUCUGAUGAAGGGCCUGCAGCUAAGAAAUCCCGCCAAGAAAAGCAGGAUGGUGAAAGGAUAAUUGCAGAAUUUUUGUCAAAUAUCAAAGCAUUACCCAUUACUGAAAUGUCUGUAGAAGACGUUAAGCAAGAACUGAUGAAGCUGAAGUCUGAAGUGCUGGCACAGAAUAACGGUUUUAUCAAUGAAAUUAUUUCGAGAUCUACAAUCUCUGUGUAGGCUCGCAGAUUUAAGUGAACUUCAUAAAAUAUUCAGAUAUACAGUUUUAAAUUUAAUGGGAAGUAAGUUUUGUGGUUGGGGAGGGUAGAUGGAUCAAAAGGAUUUAAAUUGAAUCCCACCCAAAUUAUAUGGCUAGACAUGGGAGAGGAGUUUUUUUUUUAAAAAGCAGUUUCCCUCCAUGAAGACUGUAUGUUACUGCAUCUCUAUGGAAGACAGACUUCAUACAUUGUAAUAAAGGGUUUUAGAUUUUGAGAGCCAAGAAAUCAUGGUUUUUGGCAAUGGAAAACCCCUCAUUUUUCAAGAUCUUAAGUGUUCUUGUAAAUGUCAGCAGUUCCCAUAUGGAAUUCAGGUGUACAAUGGGGCACCAUUUAAAGGAGUUUUAUUCUUGUCAACCUCUGCUUUAUGCCAUUUAUGCUGCAUACUGUAGCUGCAAUGCAAAUUCACAAUUCACUUAAUUUUGAUAUGAUUAAUUUCCUUUCUGAAUGGGGUGACAUUUUCAAUAAAAUAAAUAAAAUAUCUUCCCUUGUUUCUUUUGUGACUUUGACAAGUUUGAUGGUGACUAAUGAAAGAAUCCUACUUGUGAUGCUCAGUUAAAUAAAAAGGACUGCAAGUCAACUCAUUACACUUUUAGCAUGGAAAAAGAUACUUCAGGAAAAUGUAAUCAGAAGAAAUGAGCCAAAGGUGGAGUGAGACAACACUGGCAUCUCAGCCACACAGUGGGAGAGGAAGGUGAAUGGAAGGGCAAUAGUUAUAGGGGAUUUCAUAGUGAAGGAAUCAAAACCAAUGUUUCCGUGGUUAAUUAAACAUGAUUCCAGAAUGGACUGUGGCUUUCCUGAUGCCAGGGUCAAGAAUAUUGCAGAGCAGCAGGAGUGUCAGAGAGCUACACAGCACAGAAACAGACCAUUUGGUCCAACUCAUCUAUGCUGACCAAUAUCCUAAACUGAUGUAGUCCUAUUUGCCAGCAGUUGGCCUACAUCCCUCUAAAUUCUUCCUAUUCCUGCACCCAUCCAGAUGCCUUUUAAAUGUCAUAAUUGUACCUGCCUCUGUUAUUCCUAACAGCUUGUUCCAUACACGCACUGUCCUGUACGUGAAGAAGUUGCCCCACAGAUCCCUUUUUAAAUCUCAAUUUAAACUUAUGCUCUGUAGAUUUGAACCCUCCUACCAUAGGAAAAAGAUCUUGACUAUUCAUCCUACCCAUGCCCUCAGGAUUUUAUAAACCUCUGCAAAGUUAUCCCUCAGCCUCUGAUGCUCCAGUGAGGAAAGCCCCAGACUCCUCAGCAUCUCCUAAUAGAUCAAACCCUUUAAUCCCAGCAACAUCCUUGUAAAUCAUUUUUAAGACCUUACAACUUUAUCAACAUCUUUCCUCCAAAAGGGAGAUUAGAAUAGAAUGCAGUUUUCUAAAGAUAGCCUCACCAAUGUCUUGCAUAAAAUGGGGCGGUACGGUGGCUCAGUGGUUAGCACUGCAGCCUCACAGCACCAGGGACCCGGGUUCGAUUCCAGCCUCGGGCAACUGUGUGUGUGGAGUUUGCACAAUCUCCCCGUGUUUGUGUGGGUUUCCUCCCACAGUCUAAAGAUGUGCAGACUAGGUGGAUUGCCCAUAGUGUUCAGGGGUGUGUGGGUUAGAGGGGUCUGGGUCUGGGUGGGAUGUUUCAAGGGGUGGUGUGGACUUGUUGGGUCAAAGGGCCUGUAGGGAAUCUUAUCUAACCAUGAUAUGACAUCCCAACUGCUAUACCCAGCAUAUUGACCAAUGAAGGUGCGUGUGCCAAAUGUCUCCGUCACCAGCCUAUCUACCUGCAACUCCAUAUUCAAGGAACUAUGCACCUGCUCCCCAUGUCUCUAUUUGGCAACACUCCUCAGGGCUCUACCAUUUAACAGUGUAAAUUCUGUCCUGGUUUGCCUUGACAAAAUGCAACACCUCACAUUUAUAUAAAUAAAACUCCAUCUGCCUGCCCCUCAGCCCUUUGGUCUAUCUGAACAAGAUCUUUUAGUCCUCCAAUAACCUUCGCUUUCUGCUACACCACCAAUUGUGGUGUUAUCUGCAAACUUACUAACUAACCAUACCUCCUAUUUUUGCAUCCAAAUCAUUUUAUAUAAAUGAUUAGAAAGUCAUAGACCCAGCACCAACUUUGCUGCACACCACUAGUCACAGGCAUCCAGUCCAAAAAGAAACAACCACUACCCACUGCUACCACACUGUCUCCUAACCUCGAGCCAAUUUUGUAUUCAAAGGGCUAGCUUCCCCUGAAUUCCAUGUGAUCUAACCUUGCUAAUCAGUCUACCAUGCAGAACCUUGUCGAAUGCCUUGCUGAAGACUUUGUAGAGAAGGGGCAUCAAUCAUAUAGGUAGAACUAGUGUUAUAAGAGCAGUCAUCUCAGGAUUGCUCCUCAUUGCGUACCAGUGAGUGUAAGAAUAAGUGGACUAGGAGGGCAUCAGAUGUUUGAGGCUUUCGGUCUGGUGGGACCUGCGCAUGUUGGACUGGUUACAUCUUAACAGGACUGAAAUUGAUAUUUUCACACGGAGAUUCACUAGUGCAGUUGGGAUAGCUUUCAAUUAGUUUGUUAGGGAGAUGGGAACCACAGGUGUAACCUCAACUAACUGAGAGUAAAAAUUAUAACAAGGUAAAAAUCAAUCUGCUGGUGAGGCCAGAGGUCGUAUAAACAAAGUCAAAAACUUGGUCAGAAAUUGAAUUUUAAAGACAAUCUCAAGGCAAGAGAAAAGCAAAGGAUGUAAUUACCGAAUUCCCUGAGUAUGAGGAUUGAAGCAUGAUUGCCAAUUGUUCCACAAAGACAGAGACAAAUGCACAAAAGAUCCAAAUCUUAAGUUGAGCUGGAAGAAGUUGCAGAGCGGGGCAGAACAUGAGACUGUAUAUUAUGAUUUAAACAUGAGAAUGGAAAAUUUAAAUUUGAGAUCUCAGCUGAAUGAAAAGGAGUACGCAUCAGUUUAAAGAAGGGUGACAGGCAAGUAGAUUUUUUGGGAAAGAAUUUUGGAUGCACUGAAGUUGGCGAAGAAUAAUUGAAUAGUUCAUUUUUGAAUAGUUUGAACAGCAGAUGGAUACAAGUUGAUAUUGUACGGAUGGAGUAUAUGAUCAUUGUGGAAGGGACAAUGGAGUGUAGCUGUGUCAAACAGUACUCAUUUGUUGAUAGAGGUUUAUAAAAUCAUGAGGGUCAUAGAUAAACCAUGACUUUGAAAUGUACAUGCUGAUUUCCCAUGAGCAAUUUAACCUCUUGUGCAAUGCCAAGUCUAUCUUGUAUUCAUAUUAACAGGUUAACCCCCAUAAAAUUUAAUCUUAACAAUUAAUGACUUUUUAAACUGACAUUUAUUUAACCUAAACUUACAUUCAAUCUUAUAUUUUCCUGACUCCUAUAUUUAUUAACUGGUUUAAUUGAAAAUUGAUUUUGUUGAUUAGUUAAGUAUUAAUGUUAAGAUUUUAAAUUAAAAUCUGUCAUGGCGAUAUUUGAUCAAUUGCCAAACGUCCAGUUCUCACCACUGUGUUUUGGCUAAUAUGAGGAGGUAGUUUUUACUUUAGCUUAGUUGGGAGUGGAGUUUGGCAUAUCUCUUAAAGAUUAAAUUCUGACACCCAGACUGCAGAUACAAAGUCACUGAAGGAAAACUUCCAUUACUGCUUGCUUGGAGACCUGACACAGCCAAAAUCUCUUGAAUCACAACCUCAUUAAUUUGCUGACAUCUAAGACAAUCUGCUCAUUCUUAUUCUGCAAAGUUUAGCGCAGAUGAAUCAAUGAAGAAAAGGUUAUGACUGCAGAUUGACUAAGAGUCAUUAGAACUAUUUGCGUGUUGUGGGGUGCUGAUAAAUGUUAAUAAGGUCUGUUUGGGCAGAGUAGACUACUUCUCUGUUAUAAUACCCAUAUUCCUAAUUGUGUGGCUGUCAAGGUAGAGUUGAAUUGUUUCAGAGAUAGUAGGAACUGCAGAUGCUGGAGAAUCUGAGAUAGCAAGGUAUAGACCUGGAUGAAUGCAGCAGGCCGAGCAGGAAGGCUCACAUUUCAGGCCUAGACCCUUCUUCAGAAAAUGAAUUAUGCUGGUUUGUUAUGCAAUACAUUGCUAUGAAAGAAAAUGGAAUGUGCCGAUCAGAACAUUUUUCAAAGGUCGGAAAGUAUUUUGAAUAUCAAGUUCAAAACAGCAUGUGAAGUCAUUUGUUUUCAGGUAAAUUUGCCUUCAGUAGCAAAUUCAUGCAAAGGAAAAGAGACCCAGAUCAGCAGGUACAGUGAGGUUCAGUCUCCACUCAGUCAGGGUUGAGGAGAAGUCCUGAGAAUCUUAGAAGUCGGAAGAGAUCCAGAAGACAUGCUUUGUUUAGUUAACCCAUGUUGAGUAUUAGUGAGUUGGCUUAGCAGUUUGUUUAAAGAAUCUCUCUGAGAGAGAUUAAUUAAAAAAGCAUCUCAUAAACAUGCAAAAAUUUACAAAAAGUAAACAAUUUACAACAUGCCACCUGAGCAAGAGAGAUAUGGGUAACAUCAUUGGGGUCUGAGUGUCUAUAAGGAUACUGUUUGGAUAAAAGUGUUGAAUCUUUAUUUCUGAUGUACGUGAUGAUAUUGUUUCCAUAGUUUUUGUUUGGUGUAAUAUAAUUUUCUUUUUUGUAAUUAACUUUUAUGUUCUUUUGUUAAAAUUAAAUUGGUAACCUCUUGUGAA